CCAACUUUAAGGAUGACCGUAGAAGAACAAGUUGUGGAAAUGCUGUCAAACUUGGAUUUUGAAAGCCUAGAGUUUGAAGACGUCCAGUGUCAUAUAUGUUUUCAAGUCAAUCAUGAGCCAGUCACUUUUCUCACCUGUAAGCACAGUAUUUGUGCCGGAUGUGCAGGUCGUUGGCUAUCAUCGUGUAGUGUCUGCCCAAUGUGCCGAACGCGGGUGAGGGAAAUUCAUUUGAAUGAUGAUUUGAAAAAGAAGUCAUUGGAGUUUUUGAAGCUUCAUCCAGAACAAGAACUUCCGGAAGAUAUAAAGUGGGAGCAGUGUUGUCAUGAAACAGUUUUUUGGUCUCUUCAACAACGGAAACGAGCAAACGAGUCUGAUGCAGUAUUUUAUGGUUCUCAGCCAGUUGUACCGGAGCAUCUCAGCGCAGAAGAAUCAAAUGAUUUCAUUGAAACAAAAAGACUGGAAAACAUUCGAAUACGACUUGAUGUCCUUACGAAACAAGUUGCCGAGCAAACUCCACGCGUACAACAAUACUACAAUGUUGAGAAAUUUAAUCAAUUGUUUUAUCAAAACGAAAUUAGCUAUCGCGACGAAGAUCAAGAAUGGCGGAUGGUUCACGGACGCGGGUUAAUUAGAAUUCCACGAUCAACAAAUCGUCACUAUUGCCCAUUGCGUUUCCGCCGUUCGCACAGCAGUUAGUUAACACACGGAAUUUUCCGGUUUUCAAAUGUACAUGUUGCCAUUCCUAAAAAUCGUAUUUUUUAUGUGACAUUUUUUCCCGGAUAUUUUCAAAUUUCCUUUUUUUUAACCUAAUUCAUCUUUUUUCUUUUUCUCCAAUAUAUAUAUUUUUUUAAUGAAUUCCAAGAUUC